AUGAGGUUGAUGGCGCCGCUGUAUUUCUAUAUCUCAGUCUUCUGCUUCCCGCUGGUACUCGAGGCGCGGCUGAUUACUGCGGGUGACGGAUGGGAAGCAGAUGCAGCAGCGACCGUCAGAGAUGUGCUUCAGGCGUCAUCGAGAGGCGACAUUUCUCUCAUCAUCAUUACUGACACAAGCUUCUUGAGGAGAACUACUGACACGUUUCUGUUAUCGACGUGGAACGUGGCGAUCUUCGAGGCUACCAUGAACGGGUCACAUCUCACCCAGCUGAUUAAACUUGCCCGCCAGGUGCGGAUGGCGUCGUGGAUGGUCGUGGUGGUGGUGGUGAGUGACGACCCAGUCUUCCUAGCCGCCUUCGCCCAACAGGCCCGUGAGGGUCGCCUGCUGGUGUGGGCCACGAGGCUCAUUGUGGUGAGCCGCCGCACGUCGCACAGCCUCCACCCACUCCACCGGACUCUCGCCCUCACCAACUCCCUCCUGCUGCUGGUGGAUGACGCGGCGGGGAUGGCAAGGGCUGCUGGGUGGGUGGUGCUACCGUACCAGCGGCCUGGCGUCGCCCCGCUGCGGGUUGCCUUCUGGGCGGCUAGGGGUGACCUUUCAUUGCAUCGACCGCUAUUCUGGGACAAAUUUAGCAAGUUUCCGGAGGGGAGUGACGUGGUAGUGGCCAUGGAGCAGAACCACAGGCAUUUGGCGGUGAUGGAGCCAGACCCUACGGCGCCUGGAGGUGUGCGGCUGCAGUUCAAAGGCUUCAUGGUCAACGUUCUUGCUUACCUGGCACAAGGACUCAAUUUCUCGUACACGUUCAGGCGACCUCCGGACAGGGCGUGGGGCGUAAAGCUGAGGAACGGCUCCUUCACCGGCAUGGUGGGCCAGGUGCACAGAGAGGAUGUGAAUCUCGGCCUUGGACCCUUCGCCAUCAAUGCCGCGCGCUACGAGGCCGGGGACUUUACUUGGCCCAUCAAUUUCAUGGCCGUUAAAGUGCUCGGAGGUCGCGGGAGCCCAGAGGUGGAUCCCUGGGGCUUCCUGCUGCCCUUUGACCCUUGGGUGUGGGCGGCGCUGUUCGCUUUCCUUUUGCUACUAUCCGUCAUCUCCUACUCCCUCUCCACCGUGUUCUCCAAGAAAGGAUACAAGAGAGAAAACUUUGCCACAAAGAACCUCCAUUUCACAAGCAUAAUGUUUCGUCAGUCUGUGUGGGUGGCUAGUGGCGGGUGGAUGUGGCAGCGCGUGGUGCUGGGCGUAUGGAUGCUGAUGACCAUGGUGCUGACGCGGAGCUACGAGGGCAACCUCAUGUCGCUGCUGGCAGUGAGACACCUGCCCCAGCCCUACCAGACCCUCAGGGACGUGGUGGACGACCCCUCGGUGAUCAUGGUCUGGGAAAAGCAGGGGGCACCCAUGCAGGCGGUGAUAGAUGCCACAUUUGGGAUCUUCUACGAGGUGAAGAAGAAGGAGGAGCAGGGACGCCUCAAAUUACUCCGGCGCAUUGACUACGAUGCCAUUCUGGGUGAAGUGAUCAGGCAGCACAGGGUGAUCAUCGACUACGACUUGGUGACGACUGGAACCAUAAGCAAACACUUCUCUCGCACAGGACGAUGUGACUUGUAUGUCGGGCAUGAAAAUAUUCUGGCUCAGCCCAUCGCCCUCAUGAGCCAGAAGGACAGCCCUCUCAUCUCCGCCCUGAACGAGAGGAUUACUUCCAUGAGCGAGGCUGGACUGUACUACCAUUGGGCCAAAGUUGCUAACUCCAACUCCACCUCCUGUGAGCGAGUACCAACCAAAAUCACCAUCAGUUCCACUCUGUCGAUCAGGCAAUGCUCGGCUAUGCUGAUGGUACUCGCCGGGGGCCUGGUGGUGAGUCUUGUCGUUCUCUGCCUGGAGGUGGUGGUAGCUAACGUGUCGGGGCGAUGACGGCGUGAUUACGUAGUGACGCAAAGGCGAGUUUGGUACCACUGUAAACUGCUACACACAUCUACCUUUCAUCAUUAUACUACAAAUACAGAAACAGAGAGAGACAAUGACGGGGAGAGAUAGAGAGAGAGAGAGACAAAGAGAAACCAAACCGUGCUGUAUGUAUCUUAUUAAACACUAACAAUACUGGA